UGUGGCUUGCCAGUUGCUCCUGUCCUCCCACCAGUGCGGUCUGUUUUUCUCCUUGGGACUUAGGUGCUGAUCAUCCCAAGAUGGCUGAAGAGGAAGUAAAAAAAGAAGAGGGCAAUCACUGCCCGUCGGCAGCAUCUCAAGAGUGUGAUGCUCCAAGUUGCUGCUACUGAACUUGAAAAAGAGCAAGUGGCUAAGGAACAAGAAAAAGCGGCCUACCUGGCAGAGCACUGUCCACCCCUGCAACUCCCAAGCUCCAUGCAAGACUUGCAGGAACUGUGCAAAAAGCUUCAUACUAAGAUAGAGGAAGUGGAUGAGGAAAGAUAUGACACAGAGAUGAAACUACAGAAAACUACCAAGGAGCUUGAAGAUUUGGGCCAGAAACUGUUUGACCUGAGGGGUAAGUUCAAGAGGCCACCCCUGAAGAGAGUCCGCAUGUCAGCUGAUGCUAUGCUGCGGGCUCUUCUGGGCUCCAAGCACAAAGUCUGCAUGGAUCUGAGAGCCAACCUGAAGCAGGUCAAGAAAGAAGACACUGAAAAGGAGAAGGAUCUGCGUGAUGUGGGUGACUGGAGGAAGAACAUUGAGGAGAAGUCUGGGAUGGAGGGCCGGAAGAAGAUGUUUGAAGGUGAAUAAGAAACAUGCAGCUGUUCGUCCGGUCUCCACGCCUGUUCAGUCCCCGUACUUCUCUUCCACCUGUCCUGCCGCCUAAUAUUCCGUCAACAUUUUGCAGCACUGUUUUUAUGCUGACUUUCUUCAGGCCACGAUUGUAUUUCGUAGAACGAUCCACCCUACAGAACCUACCUGCAGCCCAACCCUUAUUAUUGCUGGGGAGACAACCAUUCGGAACUGCAAAACGUCUUGAAAACAUUUUGCAGCAAUGAGUUUAAAGUAUUCAGUCAUCCUUAGAUCCCAUAAUUAUGUAGGUUCUGCUGUUGCAAAGCAAGCCGAAUGAUGUAAAUAAAGCUUUGAAAGUA